UUCAUUUUCCUAAACUUAAAAAAUUUUAUUUAUUUUAUAAUUUUCUCUUUAUUCUAAGACUGGUUUUGUUUUGUGAAACAAAAUUCAUUGUGGCUUUUUGCAGCACCUGGUAUUUGGAGAGACCCGGACAGAAGAGAGAGAAACAAGGGAAGAAAGAAAUCCACAAUUCUUCGGUUAUGGUUUUGGUUUUGAUUUUGAUUUUUCACCUCAAUAGUUUUUUUCUUCCUCAAGAAAUUGUGGGCUUUUCCGAGCUGAGCCAAUCAUAAUCUUCAAAAUCUGAGCAAAACCCACGAUUGUUUUCAGCGUUUUGUUCCCGUUUACUUAUCCUGAAUCCCCCAUUACAUCCCCCAUUACAUGUAAUACAUUUCGUCACUAUCACAGGCGUAUUCUUCUUUCAAUGUUUUUUUAUUAAAAAAAAUCAACAAUAUCAGAUUUUGAUUAUUGAUAUUCUGUGCCAAAUUUCAAAUUUGUACCAAAAUUGAUUGUUUUUUCUUCCCUAUUCUGUGUCUAUAUCAAAAGUUACGUGGGAAUCGAUUCUUGGUCAUAAAACUUUGGUUUCAAAACCUCAAAGAAUUGGUCUUUGAAUUCUGGGUAAUCGCCAAAAUUAUUUGAGAAGUCUUCUUUCUCAUCUGUGUUUCAUCAAAAUCCGAUGAGCACCAGAUUUUGAUAUCUGAGCUCUUAUUGGAAGCGGGUUCUGCUGAAUCUAAUUCCCGGAUUCCAUUUGGGAGCGGGCGGCCAUGGCAAAAAAAUCAGGGUCGCUAGAUUACUGGAGGAAUUACUUCAGGACUGCGAAUUCGGAUAUUUUUGAUAUAAUUGACCAUGCGAUCAUGGUGGCGGCUUCGGAUUGUCCUAAAGAGUUUAGAUUGAGGAGAGAUCGAAUAGCUGAGAGGUUGUUCAGUUGUAGAAUAACAAGGUGUUUUGGUUGUGACCACGUGGAGUUAGCUGUGCCUGGUGGUGAUGAUGAUGAUGAUUCUGAUGAUGGUGUUUUCAAGAGUGAUUUUGAUAGAGAUGGAGGUGAAUUUGAGGCUGGAGCUAGUAAAGAGAGCAAGGUCAAUAGCAGUAGAGAUGAUCGAGGUGAGAUGAAUAGAAACCAAGUUAGCAAUUUCAGCUAUGGAGAUGCUGAGGCAUUGACUGAUGAGAUUGAAGAAGAGUCUCAAAUUGUUGAGGAAGUUUUUAGGAUCAAAGAGAUUCUUCAGAAUUGUGAAGAAGAGUCUGAAUCAGUGUUGUUCGACUCUUUGAGGAAGCUUCAAUUGAUGGGUCUAACUGUGGAUACUUUGAAGGCAACUGAGAUCGGGAAGGCGGUGAAUGGUCUUCGAAAGCACGCAUCAAAGGAUAUUUGCCUUCUUGCACGAACUCUUAUUGAUGUAUGGAAAGGCAUGGUUGAUGAAUGGGUUAGUGCUGCUGCAGCUAUUACGAGCCAGAACUGUACAGAAGGUACCCCUGAUUCUGUAAAUCCAUCCGAUGUUGAUGAUGAGGAAGAAGGGCUCCCAUCUCCUCCUUUGGAUGUAGGAGCCUUUUUUUCUGCACAGACGUCUUCAAUGGAACUAUCAGGGUUCUUCGAUGGCAUGGACGAUGACGGAAAUCCUAGGAACAGUGGGGAAUUCGUCAAGAACCGUGAGAAUGGAAGAAAACAAUCUGUGGAGAAUCAAAAUUUUCAAAAACAAAAACAGAAAUCUCCUGAGCUGAAUGUGCUUCACGGGGAAAAUAAAAUCCAACAAAUGAAGAAACAGGAAAUGGUUACUAAGGCAACUAGACCCUCAAACACCGAAUCUGGUCCUGGGAGACCUCCAAAAAUAAAUAAUGAGCACAAGGCCAGCAAUGACUUGAAGUUCCAGAAAAGAACAGAUAAACCUACCCUUCAGAAGGGGCCAGUUAUUGCUCCGCAAAAUAAAUUCAAGUCUUCUGAGGAAGAUGUGAAACUUGAAGCCACAAAAAGGAAACUCCAGGAGCGGUAUCAACAAGCUGAGAAUGCCAAGAGGCAACGGACUAUACAGGUUAUGGAGUUGCAUGAUCUCCCUAAGCAGGGAGUUGUGCACAGAAAUCCACUCGUGAAACCUGGGAACCAUAAUCGACAUUGGGGACAUGGACGUCGAUAGGUCAGUUUCCUAUGGUACUGGUUUUCACUGAACUUCCAUGAGUUUCUUCCAUUUUUAAUCCGGUGGAAGACUUGAAUAACCCCCAGCAUUUCGAGGCUUGCUCGACAUACUUGUGAAUCAGAAAUAAGAGAUUCAUUCACCACUCUUGCUGGCUGAGGUUCUGUCUCUGUUGUAGGGUCAAAAAGAAUUUGUGGCAACUUUUCUUUUAGACAUUGAGGGCAUAGAUAAAAUUUUAAUUGAUGAAACAUUGUGAGGCAGGUUAUAGAUUUAUGCAGACUGGACUAAUCACGGUUGUUCUCAGAUAAUUGCAGUCUGUACAAAACACGGAUUCGCACUUACCCAUUUCAUUGGCUACCAUAUUGUUUGUUCUUGCUAACAACCAAAUAAUCUAACCCCAUGGUUACGUACAAGUUACUCAGCACAUGAUGAAUAAGUGCAUUGUGUUACAAAAGCCAUCUGUAAGAACCUUCAAAUGUAUCUAUAAAGCUUAAAUAUUCACGUCUCCUUUGUAUAUGGCCUAUUAAUUAUUGGCUUCUAAGAUUUCUCUUUUAUGAGUUGAUUACAAAGAGAUUCUCUUAAAGAUGGCUAAUGUACCAGCUAGAGAGAGCCUUUUUAUACUAGAGAGAGGACUAGGGUCAAGUUCUACCCACUUUUCGUUGGAAAAGAGUUUCGGCCUUAAACUUUUGGUUAAUGAAUGAAGAAUAAUUGUAGAGAUCAAUUGGUAAGAAGCACUCUUGAGUUUAAUUUUUUUUUCCCAUAGUGUUAUGACUCUAGAUUGAUUCAAUAAAAAUUAAGGAAUUGGAGGUUUUGCUGUU